AUGGCCUCCAAGACGAUAGAAAGAGACGAGGAAUCUUCGAUAACGCGCGAUCUUCUGGACUCUGAUGAUGAGGCGGACGAGCUAUCCAAAGACUGGUCGCAUAUCGCAAAGCUUUGCAAAAGUCAAGCAGUGGUGCCCAAAAGAGGCGAUAAAGAUUAUGAACCCGACGGAACCAACGCCCAGGAACUCUUGCUGUACAGGGCGAAAAAAGCGAUGUUCGAUUCGCUUUCCGAUGCAGCCCGUGGAACAGUAGUCAAAAACCAAAUCAAGGCAUUCUACGUUCCCGAACGCCAUCUCGCAUUCAUUUCUCAACCAAAAGGUAAUUUCAUGCACACCAUGGGUAAGGUCGACAGGAAUGGGACCUGCUGGUUGAAUUUCCACGAAUUCGUCUACCUCGCCGAGAGAGGAACAAUUACGCCGUAUUUCAAGCGCAGCGACCGCGAAGACCACGGACUCGACCCUUUGCUUAGCAUCCAGGAUCUGUACCUUCUUUUCAGAUCUUCUCAAGAAUCCGAUGAAUUUGCAGUGUUCGCCCAUCUUAAAAGACUGGGAUUUAUUGUCAUGCCUUCACAAAUGUCACCAGACGACCAUAACAACGAUCAAAUUAAGCAUAUGCCGCGAGCAGGUCUUACUGACAGUCUUUCAAAAUUGACCAAAGCUUUAUCCCAGAUAUUCCAAGUGCCCACUUAUCAUCCACUCCAAUAUCACCUUACCAGAUACACUACAUCUGGUCAGAUCUACGCAGCUUUGAACAAGCUGGUACCCUUCUACACAGCGCCAAAGACAGCCAAAGAAAUUGAUCAAGAAAGAUACAGCAGGACGAUCAAUUCACGCAAAAAUGACUUCACCUUUGAUGUAUGGAAACCGCAGGGCAGCUUCAAGAAGAAAACCCCAGGACUGCCAGAUUUACAUAUACUCGUCCUUAACAAAAACACGAGCGACUAUAGUUUCCCCACCUAUUCUGUGAUCAGGAGCUUGUUUCAGAGCGUAUACAGUAAAUACGACGGAACUCUGGAACGGCAAGAAUCCGCGGCAGGCUCGCCUUUGAGCAGUAAAACAGGCAAACAAUUCUCUAAACCUGUACCGCCUCACCUUGAGCAACAAAGACGUCUAAAAAAAGGGUAUAGAAGCUUUAUUUUAGCUGUGAUGGAUGACGGACUUAUAAGCUUUGUGAAACUGACGGAGUCGGAUUUUGGGUCAGAGAACGUUUGGUUUAAGACCACUAGGAGAGCAUCCAAAAACAAGCCCAGGUCCGACAGAUCCACAAGACACAACGGUGGUAAGAAUCCUGGCGGUGAGAAGAAAACCGAAGAACUCAAUGCUAUCCGCUAA